AUGCAAGUCCUCAUCAUCAUCACCCUCCUCUCCUCGAUAAAGGAAAAUUCAGGAUCCUCGGCCCGGCACGUGGUCACCUCCUCUCCUAACUGGAACCACAUAUACAUGGGUGACCCCGUGACCUUAACAUGUGACAUUGGACCAGAUAAAAGCAGCAACAAUUACUAUUUCUAUUGGUAUAAAGAUAGUAAAGAGAUCAGUCAAAGAAAACAAAAAUUUACCAUAAGAUCUGCAAAUACUUCUGACUCAGGGGUCUAUGAAUGCUGGACGGGAUCUGGGGAUCGCAGUCACCCCCUCACUUUAUAUGUUAUACAGAAAGAUGUAAAGAAUAGACCGACUGUGACCUUCAUUCCAAACUAUAGAAAUAUAUUCUCUACGGAAAAGAUGAAGAUUUCUUGUGAGGACGGAUCUUAUGCAACACGAAACCAGAGAUAUGUUUGGUAUAAAAACAAUACAAUCCUGAAAAAUGAUCAAAAAUUCAUCACAAUUAUUAAGGCGAAUAGAAAUGACAGUGGAGAAUAUAGAUGUGGGAGCGGAAGAAGAGCCAGUUACCCCCUCAGACUCCAUGUUCACCCCAUAUAUGACAAAGUCAUCCUGCAGACUCCCCCCAAUAUUCUGGAAGGUGACCCCCUGGAUGUGAGAUGUCACAGCUAUCCGCACUACAGUAAUAAGGAGGAGGAUGGAACAUUCUAUAAGGACGGAGACAUUAUCCAGAAAUCCAACCAGAUUCUACAUCUAGAAAAUGUGACUAAAUCCACGACCGGGAUUUACAGAUGUGAAAAAAAGAUUUUAAACAUAAACACAUCGGAGGAAACAUUUAUAUUUGUCCAAGAUAUCUUCACAAGACCAGAAAUAAUAGCAGGGUCAGACCUAAAGGAAGGAGACGCCCUGACCCUGAGGUGUGACACAAGACGUAACCCUCUCAGAGAGGACACCGAGCUGACGUUCACCUUCUACAGAAAUGGGGAGACAGUGCAGGAACUCCGAUCACAUGACACAUAUACAAUCAAGUCCGUCCAGCUAGAAGACUCUGGGAAAUAUUCCUGCGAGGUGCGGACUCCAUCAGAUACAGUGAUGAAGAAGAGUCAGGUGUUAUACAUCAGUAUAAAAGAGUUGUUUAUGAAGCCAGAGAUCCAAAGUGAUCCAAAAAAAGUUCAAGAGGGAGCCGGAGUGACAAUACGUUGUCUGCAGACCCAAAAUCUUAAUAGUUCAUUAUUCACCUUCUACAGAGACUCACAAAGUGUACAAAAUGCAUCCAAGAAGGAGGAGUAUGUGAUUCCUUCCGCCUCAGAAGAACACACUGGAAAUUACAAAUGUUCACUAACAAAUCGUGGGAUUUCUAAAAACAGCUCAGAGAUAAUGGUCCAAGUACAGCUUGCGGUGGAUAAACCCAUCCUGAUGCUCUCAUCAAACAAUGUGACCGUGGGAGACGACACUGUUCUUCGAUGUGAGUCUUCUAAAGGCUCCUACCCUAUACACUACCUUUUCUAUCACAAGCAGACAUUGUUAGGGAAUAUUACUGUUCACCAAAAGGGGACAGCACAGCUACAACUUAGCAUUACGUCACUGACCAUGGGUGGACUCUACUCCUGUGCUUCAUACAAUGAUUUCCAAACCCAACCUCAACGCAGUGAGGAAGCCAAUUUGCUAGUGAUAGAUCGUAGUUUCCCGUGGUUGAUGCUUUGGAUUCUGCCCUUAGUCUUCAUCCUACUUGUUGGGCUGUUCUUACAAUACAGAAAAAAAAUUCUUUCUUCUGGAUAUUGUCACAAGGAAUCACCAUCUACAGGGUCCGUACAGAAUAUAGAAAAUGUAGACAGACAAAAUACCACAACUGCCCAAGAGGAAGUGUAUGGAAAUGUAACACCGGAGGAGAAUCUUGAAGAUGAAGGUUGUACCUAUGUUACUCUCAGGAUGGAACAAGAUCCUUCACCCUGUUCGUCCGCUGCCACAAAAGAGGAUGCCUUGGUUGUAUACGCCACGGUUAAGAAGUCCGAUGCAGUCACCUCAGAGACCAACAGAGAUCAAAUGGACCCCGACACAUCCGACUCUACCGUCAUAUUCCAUAAUCCCAUAUAUAAUUAAUAAUUAUUAUCAAAAUCUGAUCACUGACCUUAUGGAGUUGUGAAGAAAUAUUUAAAUCCAAUAGGUCGUCUGAUCCUGCGCUCGUAUGGCCGACUGUGCCUGUGUCAUUGUAUAUGUCUAUACGGAUGUAACA